AUGCUAACCCUCGCUCUUCGAUCAUCUGCGUUGUCGCGUCUAGCGAGCCGCCGCUUUAUCGGUGGGCUUCCAUUUGAAUCCUCCGCGCUGACCGUGGCUGAAAAAGUGGUAAAUGUUGUGCUCGUGGACUACGAGGGCAACCGUCACGUGGUUAAGGGCCGCGUCGGGCAGACGCUUCGUGAGGCUUGUGAGGUAAACAAUGUUGAUUACGUCAAGGAUGAUUCGAUGGGUGGUGGCGGCAUGUACGACGCUUACCGCGAUGACUACUAUACCGAGUCGCUGUUUGGUGAAGGCUCUACAUCGCCUCAGUCGCAUGUUAUUGUGUCCAAUGAAUGGAUUUCCAAACUUCAGCCUGCCAACAAUCAGGAGCGGCACAUUAUUGAUACGUAUGUUCCAGCUGAGGACCGCUCUGCAAAUUCGCGUCUAGGCACGGAGAUUGUGCUGCACAAGGAACUGGACGGACUUGUUGUGGCCGUUCCUGAAUCCCCGCCCGUCGAAGAAUACAGAUACGAUCACGAGUACGACGAGGAUGAUUACGAGUCGUAUGAUGAUGAGCAGCAUGCCUAA